AUGUACUAUUACAUAGUCCCCGUCUUUGUGUCCGUCUAUCAGACCCAACCUCACCGACUGGCCCGCGCGUUGUUCGCUAUCUCGGUAUUGGCCGGCCCGGACCCUGUCGCUGCCAUUCCUCUUAUCAUGUCCGUACCGAAUCCCCAUCCGUAUCAGUGGACUCUGUUAACCCCAUCCCGGAUUCUUGCUGUCUGGCUUUCCAUUGUCACCUUUGAACGAAACCGCCACAAGUCCUGGUAG